GCCCGAAAGGUCAUAUUCUCGCUGAACAUAUAAUGAGGCAGUAUUGGCCUUCAACUGAGUCCAUCAUCAUCCAUCUCGCUUCAUCAAUACACUACCAUUUCAACCAAUUACAUAUACCUUCACAACAUGGGUUCCAUGCCUGAGAUUCAGAAAGCACCUUUCAUUGACCUUGCUGGUCUUGUUCCUGCUCCUGUAACACCCUUCAACAAAGACGGCUCGGUCGAUUAUGCGGCUAUUCAGCGACUAGGCUCCUGGCUCGGUAGCAUAGCCGGAGUGAAGGGCCUGGUAGUGCUUGGCCAUGCGGGAGAAGGUACCUUUCUCACCCAGGAGGAACAAGUGGACGUCAUCAAGGCCUUUGUCAAGUCGGUCGACAACAAGAUCCCCAUCAUUGCUGGAAUUACCACCGAGGGCACAGAAGUUGCUGCACUCGAGGCUCAGCGUGCCAAGGCUGCAGGGGCACAAGCUGGUCUGCUGUACCCAAGCCACGGCUGGCUUCGCUUUGGCUACCAGCCUGGCGCACCCCAGGAUCGAUACAAGACCGUUUACGAGAAAUCUGGACUACCUCUCAUCCUGUUCCAGUACCCAGACAACACAAAGGCUACGUAUUCAUUGGAAACGCUGCUGGAUAUUGCCGCACAGCCCGGUGUCAUCGCGAUGAAGAAUGGCGUCCGCAACAUGCGUCGCUGGGACGUGGAAAUCCCUAUCAUCAAGAAGCAGAACCCUGAUCUCACAAUCUUGACAUGUCACGACGAGUACUUGCUCCACACCUGCUUUGAUGUUGAUGGCAUGCUUGUCGGCUAUGGCAACAUCGCCCCGGAACCGCUUCUGGAGAUGAUCGAGGCAGGCAAAGCGCGCGACUAUGCCCGUGCGAGAGCUGUCCACGAUAGGCUCCUACCUGUCACAAGGAACGUGUACCACCGCGGGUCGCAUAUGGAGGGCACCGUUGCUCUGAAGCACGGUCUGGUUGCGCGUGGAAUCUUGGAGCAUGCGACAGUACGAAGCGGUCUGCUGCCACUUGUUCAAGGAGCCGAGCAAGAGAUCCACGACGCAUUCAAGUCUGCGAAGCUUGGUAAGGUUGUGCCACCUAAAUCCGGGUGAGAGUACGUAGACUGUUCAAUUUGCAAUCCAAAAAUUUGAAAACUUUCAAAGAAGCCCGUCGAGUCCGUAGUCUGGUCCCAUCCACCAUGAUAGAUCGUCUUUGUUAAACAUC